UUUGGUUACCUUUAAUCAUAGCCCCCCUUAACCCUACUUUCUCAAAUCUUUCUCCAAGAAAGAAAGAAAGAGAGAUAAAAAAGGCUAUGUGAUAUUGAUUUCUUCAUCAUUAGUAAGAGAAAAGAAAUUGAAUUAAAUUGAAUUGAAUUCAAGUUGUGAGAAUGGGCAGCAGCUUUUGCUUUGUUGUUGUAGCAACAAUAUUUAUUAUGGCAAGAUUAAUAUCAGCAACCCCAGUAGAGUUUCUUGCAAAUCCACCAGUGGAAGUGGCAUCUCCAUUUUCAGAGAUAUCUCCAGAUAUUGCACCUCUUUUGCCUUCUCCUGGUGGGGUUGUACCUCCUGCUUCUUCUGUUUCUUCUGUGCCAACUAUUCCUUCAAAUCCUAGCAAAAAUCCAGAUGAUGAAAUGUUCCCUAUUGGCCCUGAUAAUGCUGCUCUUGCACCUUCUGCUUUUUCUCCUGUUUCUUCUUCUGUUUGUCUUUCUCUAACAGUUUAUCUGCACAUUGCAGUGUUUGUAGUAGUUGGCUUAUUUGUUAACACUAUAAGAGUUUGAAUUUUGUAUAAGUUGCUUCAAUAUGAUAGAAUAAGUUCAUUUAUAUGUUCUUGAUUCCUAAUCCUAUUGUAUUUAGUUUUGAUUACUGUUGGAAUGCAUAGUGAUAGUAAUUCUUACUGUAA